GUACCUGGUAGCGGCGGGCUGGAGAGUGGCACUGGUUCUAGUGGCGGCCGUCGGCUACCUCAUGUGGUUAUCAAAGAACCUCAAAUAGACGGAAUUCCGCUAUAUCUCGACGAUAACAUAGAGCAUAGCGACGUCGACGACAAGGAAUAAAAGCGGAGGAGGCGGAGGAAGGCCCUGCGGAGUCCAUCAGAGAGUAUCGGCUCUCGAUAAUCGAAGUUCGGCGGAUCGAAGAGAGGCUUCAGAUGGUUUCUGUCUGAUCGCGGCUAGAGAAUUCUCGAUUCCGAAGACGACAGCUGACCCAUCCAAUUGCCAAGAUGAGUGGCAAUACUCAAGAUGGUCGGCGUCAGCAGCAACAGCAGCAGCAGAGCAUACUGCACAUGCUGCACUUUCAGUACAACUACAAUGCAUCGACUGUACUGACAGUCCGGGACAGGUUCUGCCAUGCGAUCUUCGUCAAACUGAGCCAAUGUUACUGUCGCGAAGUGCCGCACAGAGCCAGAAUGGCUAUCGAAUAUAGUUUAUUAUUCUUGGCUCUCCUCUGCUUCGCCACUCUGACUUAUAUGCAUGUAGCAUUCGUGAAAAGCCCCAUCGUGUGUCUGGAUCACAUCAGUCAUCAAUGGCCUCAUGACGGAAUUCUCCGGGUAGAAGUCCUUCAGGGGGCCGCGGAAGAGCCGCAUACUCUAGAGAGAAGUUAUCUCAAAGAGCUCGCUGUACAGCAUAAUCUCGGUUUAAGUCAUUUCAAAUUAUCGGAGGUCGAGAAUAUCAUGCACGAGAAGAAGUCAGAAGAUUAUCUGUUUUCAUUCAGUAAAGCGAUCAAGAGUGCCAUCUCCGGGGAGGAGCGGACCACAAAAAAACAGCCCUCAAACCCCUCGAUACCUCGAGAUUUGAUCGGUCUCGGAAAUCGCUCGGUUCUCCUUGGAUCCCUGAAAGGGAACUUCUCGGAAGAGACCGAAAUGCGGAUGACGUUCGUCGAAUUCGAGAAAUACCGUCGAGUGGUAUGGCCGUCGAAAGAAACAAUUGUAGAAUACAGUUUAGAUUACGGAAUGCUGAGAUUGACUCCAGCCGCUCGCAAUCGUCUCAAGGUUCCUGUGCAUCUCGUGACCCUGAGACCCGAGGUGAAUCAGUGUUUCGGGGAUGCGCUUUCGCGAUUUUUGCUGCGCAACCUCGUGGGCUACAACGAUUUGCUGAUGGGAUCGGUGAAGAGACUGGCCGAAAAAGAAAAUAAUAAAGGCUACGUCAAGAACGCUAUUACUGGAGAGCACUUCCGAUUCGUCUCCAUGGGAACGACGCACACGAGCUACAUCACAGCUGCUGUAGUCAUGCUUGUUUUUACACUUUCGAUAUCGAUGCUCAUGCGAUACACACACCACCAGAUAUUCGCAUUAAUCGUUGACGUGCUGCACCUCUUGGAAUUCAAUUCCGGUCGAAGUUUCCGCACGGCGCCGCUUUUCACCGUCAUUCUCGCGCUCGUCGGCAUGGAGGCAAUCAUGAGUGAAUUCUUCAAUGACUCGACGAUUGCGUUCGGCAUAAUUUUUAUUGUCUGGUUGGCCGAUCAUUACGACGCUGUCUGCUGCCACACUUCCAUCUCGAAGAAACACUGGCCAAGAUUUUUCUACCUGUAUCAUUUCGCCUUCUACGCUUACGACUACCGCUUCAACGGUCAAUUCAGCGGCCUGGCUCUCCUCACUUCGCUUUUCUUCAUCAUGCAUUCGAUGGUUUACUUCUACCAUCGCUUCGAGAUGCCGGCGAUCGUUCGUGUCGAAGACCUCAAUCCGAAUGCUAUGGAGACACGAGCCGACAACAACAACCAGACGGUCGAUGGAGGGCUCCAGACGGCAACGACUCCUCCGUCUACCCAGUUUGUCAUUUCGGCUCGGGUCACCGUCACGAGACGAGUGGAAACAUCUCCGGUUACCGGCGACCGGAACCACGAAGUGUCGGAUCUGAAUCGUCGGAAUCCUGAAUCCCGAAUUUCAGACGAUGAAGGUGUCGACAGCAGUCGCAAUACGCCUGAGCACAGAAGUCCGCAGGGAGAGAACAACCGCACGAGGAAAUUGUCUUCUUGUAGCAGUACUCAGGCUUCUUCGUGCGGCUGUUGCAGUUCGAACGACUUGAGCGAUCACGAGUGAAAUCGCUCCUGUCAAGUCUCCGUGCUCUGCGUUCGGAGCUACUGCUGGUUGGAAAGCUUUUGUACAAAAUGUUCUGUUAUACUGAUUGACCUCUGAGAGAAUAGGUGUUCUAUCUAUUUAUUCUAGUUAGCUUCCCGGUGGAUACAUAAUGUAGUAUACCACGACCGAGGAAAGGGUCGGGAUCGUAGUGAGCUAGGCAGUCUUGAGUAAAAUAUAGUCAGUCUACUGCCGAGAGCGGUGACUCGAGUCCGGUGUCUGGGACAGCUCGACCUCGAGCAUACGGAAGCCUGAUGCGAGAGACUUUAUUUCUCCCGGAUAUCGACCGGUAAAGGAAGAGGUGAAUUUCGGUUUGACCCAUACUGCUGGGGUCGUCGUGUUCAAUGGGGUAGUUCAACCCCGCCUCGAAUCAACAAGGAGCAGGCUUGAGGUUCUAGAAUCCGUCUCUGUGUAACUGAGCCGCUCUUCUCCGUCUCGCAGAUUAUGCGAAAAGCGCUCCUUUCUGGAAUGUAUAUUUUCCGGCGCGCUACACCGGCAGCAGCUGUCGCGGGCUCUGUGAUGUUUUGUACGGCGAAUGAAAUAGAUAGUGUGGAAUCUUGUACCAAAACCUAAAACUGUUUGAGCUUGAGGAAUUAACAAAGUCGGAUACUGGAUUCUAAAUUGAGGGAGAUUAGGAAAGGAAAUAAAUUCAA